GUGUGUUGUGCUCAACGCGCCAACAGCACAGCGCGCUCAGUCACUGCUUGAACGUAAAUGCGAACGGUUGUGAACUCUGAGCAUACUUCGUGUAAAUCCAUACAUUUUUACCUAUAUGUAUAUACGUAGUAUUGCUGUAGAAAUAUAAACAUAGCGUUUAGUGUAAAAUAAAAUUGAAACAAUAAUUUUCGUCUUUUUUUUUGUAUUAUUGUUUUUGUGCACAUUAAAACAACAUGGAAGAGGUGAAAUUGGAUUUAAGUGGCAAGAAUAUUGUAAUUAUUGGCGGUUUUGGCGGUAUCGGUUUCGAAACGUGUAAAUUAUUAAUUCAAAAAGGUGUCGCGAAUCUCAUGAUACUACAUAAAACAUGGAAUGAGUCAGCAAGCAAAGAGCUCAGAUCUAUCGACGCGGCUGGCGUUUGUCAAUAUAUGGAAUUCGAUUUGACUUGCGGUCUGGAAAAAACACGUCAAGUAUUUGCGCAAAUAAUGGAGAAAUUCGGAAGUAUUGAUGUGCUAAUUAAUGGCGCGGGCAUUUGUGAUGAACAAGAUUUUAGCAUUAUAAUUGCUGUCAACUUUACGGGCACCAUCAAUACUACACUAGUUGCCUAUGAUCUCAUGGAUAAGAGCAGAGGUGGCAAAGGAGGUGUGGUUGUGAACAUUUCAUCGGUAGCUGCCCUAACGCCAUUCCCUGUAUUACCUGUAUACAGUGCGACAAAAGGUGGAAUACUGAAUUUCACCAGAGCAUUAGCGCACUUGGAGCCCAAAACCGGCAUAACAUUAUAUAGCAUAUGUCCCGGCAUUACCGACACCAAACAUUGGGAGCAAGUACGUCAUUUCCAAGGACGAGAGUUGUGUUUCAAAGAAAAAAUGCGUGGUCGGCCAUUUUCAACACAAACGCCAAUGGCGUGUGCAGCGAAUGUUGUAAAAGCAAUUGAGGCGCACAAAAAUGGUGUGACCUGGAUGUGUGAUUUGGGACAACUCAAAUUGGUGGAAAUAAAGAAUUUCUGGACACCACCCCACCAUCGGCAGGAGCACGAGCAGCAGGAGCAGCAGGACGAGCAACAGCAAAAUCAAGAGAAUGAACAAAAUGCAAGCAAGAAGGGUUCCAGGAAACGAAAGCUUCAAAUGUCUGGCUAACAAGCUCAUACUGUAAAAGCUACUGCAGUUGCUUUAAGCUUAUGUAGAAAUCAAAAAAAAAAAA